GAGAAGCUGCAGAGCCCGUGAUGCUCCGGCCUCGGCUCGGCCCGGCCCCCCUCCCCGCCCGGCGCCUCUCCUCCCCCUCCUCCUAGCCAGCCUGCCUGCCUGCCUGCCUGCUUGCCUGCCUGCCAGCAGCGGCUGAAACUUAACCCCCAACGCAAAGCCCAGCUCGCUGCGAGCCGGGGAGGGGAGGGAGGGGGGACACUACGCGGACCUGCUCCUGGCGCCGGUGUGCGUGCGUGCGCGCGCGGGGUGUGUGGGAGGUGACUGGCGUCCCCGCACACUUUUGAGUGCCAUUAUUAUUUUGGCGGGGCUUUGUUAUUGAAGUCUGCCAUCCCGGGAGAGGCGCAGCGCGCGAGGGAGAGAGAGAGAGAAAGGCUCUGAAGGACAGAGCGCGCCCGCUUCGCCGGUUGCCAGAAACGUGGACUUCUGACAGAAAAAGAGAGGAGGCAUCAGAAUCCACAUUGUAAACAUUUCCCUGGGGACUGAAAUGGCAAAAGAAAGUCAACACCAGGCCCUAGCGGCGCUACCAGGCACCACUGUUGCUGCUGCGCUAGCAAGCAAUGUCACAGAACCUGCGGCUCCCGGAGGGAAGGGGGGGCCAAAAGAAGAUGCAUUCUCGAAGUUGAAGGAAAAAUUUAUGAAUGAACUGAACAAAAUACCAUUGCCACCUUGGGCCUUAAUAGCCAUAGCCAUAGUUGCAAUCCUAUUAGUCCUUACCUGCUGUUUCUGUCUGUGUAAGAAAUGCUUGUUCAAAAAGAAAAACAAGAAGAAGGGCAAGGAAAAGGGAGGAAAGAAUGCAAUUAACAUGAAAGAUGUAAAAGAUUUAGGCAAGAACUUGAAAGAUCAGGCCUUAAAGGAUGACGAUGCUGAAACAGGGCUGACAGAUGGAGAAGAAAAAGAAGAAGCAAAAGAGGAGGAAAAAUUAGGAAAAAUUCAGUAUUCUUUGGAUUACAACUUUCAAGACAAUCAGCUUUUGGUUGGAAUUAUUCAGGCUGCAGAACUGCCUGCUUUAGAUAUGGGCGGUACAUCUGAUCCCUACGUGAAGGUUUUCCUGCUUCCUGAUAAGAAGAAGAAAUACGAAACAAAAGUUCACAGGAAAACUCUUAACCCUGUCUUCAAUGAGCAAUUUACAUUCAAGGUGCCGUAUUCUGAACUGGGAGGAAAAACCUUAGUGAUGGCAGUAUAUGACUUUGACCGCUUCUCCAAACAUGAUAUCAUUGGGGAGUACAAGGUGGCCAUGAACACUGUGGAUUUUGGUCAUGUGACUGAGGAGUGGCGGGAUUUGCAAAGUGCUGAAAAAGAAGAGCAAGAGAAGCUAGGUGACAUCUGCUUCUCUCUCCGCUAUGUGCCUACUGCUGGCAAGCUGACUGUUGUCAUCUUAGAAGCAAAGAACCUGAAGAAGAUGGACGUGGGCGGCUUAUCAGAUCCCUAUGUGAAAAUUCAUCUGAUGCAGAAUGGAAAGCGGCUGAAGAAGAAGAAGACAACAAUUAAAAAGAACACUCUGAAUCCCUAUUACAAUGAGUCUUUCAGCUUUGAAGUACCAUUUGAGCAAAUCCAGAAAGUGCAAGUUGUUGUGACUGUUUUGGACUAUGACAAGAUUGGCAAGAACGAUGCCAUUGGCAAAGUCUUUGUGGGCUACAACAGCACCGGGGCGGAGCUGCGACAUUGGUCAGACAUGUUGGCCAACCCGAGGCGACCCAUUGCACAGUGGCACACCUUACAGCCGGAGGAGGAGGUAGACGCCAUGCUUGCAGUCAAGAAGUAGGAAGACAAGAAGGAAACGAGAAAAGAAGCCUUUCUGCAUUUGCCCAUAUAGUGCUCUUUAGCCAGUAUCUGUAAAUACCUCAGUAAUAUGGGUCCUUUUCUUUCCAGCCAUGCAUCCCUAACACAGAUCAGUGGUACUUCAAAUCUUGUUUUUAAUUUGCACAACUUUAAAUGUAGAAAGCCCUACACAGCCCUCCCAUCUCACCACUGCCCUCCGAUCGACUCUUCUUUUAAGCAAUAUGUGUAGAUAGAGCAUGACGGAAAUUAUUUAUUGUAUCACAGUUGUACAUACCAGUAUGCUAAAAAAAAUAAUAAUAAUUUAUUUCUAGUCCGUUUAUUUGUAUGUUGUAAGCGUUUCCUAAUCUGUGUAUAUCUAGAUGUUUUUAAUAAGAUGUUCUAUUUUAAAUUAUGUAAAUUGACUGAGAUAUAGGAGAGCUGAUAAUAUAUUAUAGGGUAACUAACUAUCGUAUCGUCUGCAUUCCAGCAAAAAUUCCAACUUGUUAAGGCACUAGUAGUGUUACACUGACAUCUUAAAGGACAACUUAAAUCUGAGCUUUCAACCGAAUCGUUCAAAUAUCGACGUACGCUCACACGACACUCCUUGGAGGGGUUAAUUUCCAUUGGUGGUCUUUUCUCGUGGGCAACUUAGCAUGAUCUGAGCAGCUCCAAAGCUGACCUCAAGGAAGCGUAGCCAGAAGCUGAUAUAUCAUUUUUUCCUGUGUAUAUAUAUAUAUAAAAACAAACUGAAAUCAUGGCUUUACACUUAGAAAUUGAAGGUACAAUUCCUUUGAGGGUGGGAGCAUUAAUUAUAACAUAUAGGAACAUAUAAAUUGGGGGGGGGUAAAUCACAGGGGGGAAGGAUGCAAUAGUAACAAACCCCUACAACUGACCAUGGCAAAACACAUACCUAAAACCCAAUCGCUCUCCGUUUAUCACCUUUAUACAAAAUUUGCAUACUGUGAAUCCCAUUUGUGAUCUCACAUUCUCUAAUCCUAAUGAGUUUGCACAUUAGACUUUGUAACAAAAUAUUUUAUUAUACUAAGCCAGAUGAGAAGGAAUGCAGAAUAUUUUUUAAGACAAAACAAAAAAAAAUCACCGCCGUGUGUGUUUAUUAUACAAAAGUAGUUUCAUGGUGACGAGACAGUAUUGUAAAAUCCCAUCAAAAGAGGACAAAAAAAAAUUAGCCAUAUUUCUGAAUGCACUUCAAAGCAAGCCAAAAGAUUAACAGCUAGUGACCUUUUAUAUACUAUUUAUACUUAAUAAGUUUUAAUUUGUCCUUUAAAAAAAAGUGAAACAAAACAAAGAACAAGUUCUAGCAAACUGAAGCAACCUCUUAUGUACACUAGUUGCUCGUUUCAGGAGGAGUUUUUAAAUGUUUUCAAUGUUACUAUGUAGUAAAUGGCACUAUUAUGAAGCUAUUAGUCAUUCCAUUUAAGCGUCUUAAAAGACAGCUCUGUGUAUCACUGUGACUGCCGUGUGUGCUUAGAAACUGUAGUUUUUCUCAGUGGAUAGCAAUCAAUUUAUUCCGUAGUGAUAUUGUAAAAAUACUGCCAUUCCCUUCUACUGCACUGCCGAAGGAGUGUAUAGCACAAGCAGUUCUCCUACCUAUGGACCAAUCCAGAACUGAAGAGCUAUGCAUAGGACAAGGGCAUCAAAACAGAGCAGAUGGACCACACAGCAUUUUGUCGACACUGUGCAAUAUUCCGCAUCUCCCCCCCCUCCCCUCCGUUUGAUGGUAAGACAGUUGUCCUACAGGUAAAGACAGUUGUCAUCUCAGAUAAUCUCAUUUCAUCAUGUCGUGGGCAUUACUAUUUUUUUAGCUCAGGUCUCUUCAAUGGAGACACCUUCCAUUUAGUUACUUUCUUACUUGCAUACUUAUUUAAGAGACUGUGAAUAUAACGUGUUGAAGUACUUGUUCUAUUUUUAGUUACCACCCAGCACCAAAAACACAAGGAGGUAGCAAAAAAAAAGGGGGAAAAAUAGCACCCUUUUGUGGAAUAAGUGGGAUUUCCCUAGAAAUAAGUGGAUAAUCCAGUUAAAUAAUAAUAUUUUUUUUAAAAAGAAAAAAACAGCAACAGAUUUUUGAAUGACAACCCCUUUCUCAGAGCUGUGGGUCUACACCUCACCCAAUAAGAAGUGGAGAGGUUGUUUUUUUUAACUCCCAAGCCACAAAUUGAAUUUGUGGCAAUGUGUUCUGCUUUCUGCAUAGCUUCCCAACAGAUGAGAGUGGAAACAUCUAUCACUCUGGAGGUCUUUCUAUUUUCUAUAAGAAACGGGAAAAAAGACAUAGUUGAGUCAGAUAAGCUAAGAUGUAUAUAUAGGAAAAAAAUCUUACAGGAAUACUUUUAUAACCUUACAUUUUUAAAAGGACCAAAUCCCACCAAAGAGAAGAGCUCAACAGGCUUUGCAGCCUAUGAGGAAAGAGUUUAAGCUCCACUGUAACUUCCUUUAGUUGUUCAUUGUAGCAGGGACAAAAAAAAGAAACAAAAAGCGCAUCUUGAAAUUUACAGGCUCAAGCUGCCAGAACUGAUUCAUUGUGUUAAGGUAUUCUUAAUGCAUUUUCUUCCAGCACUGCCAGACUGAAUGUCACCACAGAAUUGGUUGCUAAUGUACUAUAGUUCUCAGCAGAGAGCAGACCUGCUAUUUGACCAAGAUGACAUUUUCAUCCUCAAAAGAAGCCACAUGUACCUUUCUGACAAAGCUGUGUAAAAGUAUUAGAAUCUGAUGCUGUAGAAAGAUCCUAGUUGCCUUUGUGUAUAUUUACUGCCUGCUUGAGUGUUUCUAUGUGUGGAUUUUUCUCUGUAUCUUGUAGAAGCGUUUGGGGUGUUCUAUCCUGCCAUAUGGCUCGUAGCCUGCGAGCUGACAAGUUUAGCUGUAUUUUACAUUCAGUUUUGAUGAGGUGGUUUAUAUUUUGUUUCACUUUUGUGUAGUGAAUCCCACGGUAGAGUUUUUCCAGGUGUUGUUAAAAUAAAACAUACAUACUACACAGAUAUUCAAUAAAAAUGUUUUAUUUCCUGUUGA